GCGCCGAAGCAGUGCCGUUGUGAAAACCCGACGGUGCGCGCGCGUCGCUUCGAGCGAACGCGGUCCCGCGUUUGUCUCUAACGCGCAAAUCCGCGUUUCGAAAUGUGAAAUGUCGUGUUUGUGCAGUGAAAUGCAACCGUGCUUACUACCGAGGUGGUUAUAUGUUUUCAUGCAGUUUUGCCCGUGAUGUUUUUGUUUUGUUUACAACCCGUGUUGGGACGCUGGCCCACAUACGACGUGCGGAUUUCGAAAUGAUUGCUUUAAAUGUUAUUGCCAGGCAUCGACCGUAGUGAGAUGAGAAAGGAAUGCAGUGAUGGAAUAUUUAACAAGUGCCAGUGCAUUAAAAACAGUGAAAAUGUUGGUGCUCUCAAAUAUAUUUCGUGCGAGUCAUCCGCAGAAACAUAUGGAAAUAAAUUCCGUAUCGCCAGAGCAAAACGCGACACAAAAGAAACUCGCCACUCAAAGUUCGUUACGGAUAAAACAAAGGACGAAAACACACGAUAAUAUUAGCGUAACGCGUGAUAUGGAUGACGCGACAAAAAUUAUGAGAAGGGAGAAAUGCCUUUCUAAUAGCGUUGACGCUAUAGUCGAUACCAAAAGUAAAGUGAUAUGCAGUGCCAAAGGUUUGUUAGAAACAAAUUUAGACGACUUAUUCAAUGAUGAUCCAAUGUAUGACAGUUGGAAUCAUGAGUCUAAGAGUUUAGGUGCAAGUGAACCAGUGUUAAGUUUUAAGCAGGAAGUGGAGACUAGUGAUAAGCGUGGAUCUCUCAUGUCAGAGGAUGACAGUGAUGAAGAUACAGCUACAGAUAGUGAUUGCUUGGAUGAAGUGGUUCGGGAACAGAGGAAGUGCAUGGGUGCUCGACGGUUUGGACAUAUGCUGAGGAGGGUUAUCUCUAGAAAUGUGUUUCCCAAUGUCCCCGCGGCGCCUGGGAUGCCCUGUGCGGGGGAGGACCGAAGCAUAUACAGACGAGGUGCUAGGCGGUGGCGAAAGCUAUAUCGCGUCAAUGGACACAUCUUCCAAGCCAAACGGUUUAAUAGACGUGCAUUCUGUGCCUUCUGCCAAGACCGCAUCUGGGGCCUCGGGCGGCAGGGCUUCAAAUGUAUCCAGUGCAAGUUGUUGGUGCACAAGAAGUGUCACAAGCUGGUGCAGAAGCCGUGCUCCAGUGAGCACGUCGACCCCAUCGACCCUGUCAAGGAUGACGCCAACGGGGAAAGUACGCUCGGCAGGGCUGCUUCUGUUCGGUCAAGAGCGGAUCCCUCACCGCCGCUGCCGGAGACUCCGCCCGCGCCGGUGGUGCCGCGUACGGAGGACCUGGAGCCAGGCUCGCAGCGCCAGUACUCGCUCGACGACUUCGAGCUCAUCAGGGUCAUCGGCAGAGGCUCUUAUGCUAAGGUGCUGAUGGUAGAACUUAAGAGAACGAAACGCGUGUACGCAAUGAAGGUGAUUAAGAAGGCCUUGGUGACUGAUGACGAGGAUAUCGACUGGGUGCAGACGGAGAAGCACGUGUUCGAGACGGCGUCCAACCACCCGUUCCUGGUGGGGUUGCACUCCUGCUUCCAGACUCCCAGCCGCUUGUUCUUCGUCAUCGAGUUUGUACGCGGCGGAGACCUCAUGUUCCACAUGCAGCGCCAGCGCCGCCUGCCGGAGGAGCAUGCGCGGUUCUACGCAGCAGAGAUCUCGCUCGCGCUACACUUCCUGCAUGAGAGGGGCGUCAUCUACCGGGACUUGAAGCUGGACAAUGUGCUGCUAGACCACGAGGGACACAUCAAGCUCACUGACUACGGCAUGUGCAAGGAGGGAGUUCGCCCAGGAGACACGACAUCAACCUUCUGCGGGACCCCCAACUAUAUCGCCCCUGAGAUCCUCAGAGGCGAGGAGUAUGGGUUCUCAGUGGACUGGUGGGCGCUGGGUGUACUCACCUACGAGAUGCUGGCGGGACGCUCGCCCUUCGACAUCGCGCACGCGGCAGACAACCCUGAUCAGAACACUGAGGACUAUCUCUUCCAGGUGAUCCUUGAGAAGACGAUCCGUAUCCCUCGCUCGCUGUCAGUGAAGGCGGCGUCGGUGCUAAAAGGGUUCCUGAACAAGAACCCCGUGGAGCGGCUCGGCUGCGGAGAGCACGGCUUCCUCGACAUCGUCAACCAUCCCUUCUUCAAGAGCAUUGAGUGGGAAGCGUUGGAACAGAAGCAAGUGCUGCCGCCGUUCAAGCCGCGGCUGGAGGGUGAGCGCGACCUCGCCAACUUCCCGCCGGAGUUCACCGAUGAACCUGUACAUCUCACGCCUGAUAACGACACGGUGAUCGCCGACAUCGACCAAUCCGAGUUCGAAGGCUUCGAGUACGUAAACCCGCUCCUGAUGUCGCUGGAGGACUGCGUGUGACACCACGCCUGUCUGCUGCAUCCCAACUACGAUCCCACGCAGGCAUACACGUACGGCGCGGAGUCUUCGUCGUCAGACUAUGACUCCGUGUGUUCGGAGCUGCCGCCGCGUAAGCCGACCCUACUGCAACACAUGUUCUGCCUACCCCUCAACUGACACAAGAAGAACUAAUCCCCUUCUCAACACGGCUUAUGAUCCGUUGCUUAUAAACUUCAAUUGAGAAUGAGGAUUACAAUCUCAAUAAUAAAAUAAACCUAUUUGUAAAUAAUGUUUACAUCACAACUUUCGCGCGCAAAACUGCGUUCAGAAAUGUACGUACAUUUUACUUUUUAAUAUUCGAAUUUUAGGUUCUUUAUGAUCCCAAUUUUAAAGAAAAUGAUCUAAUUUGGGGGCCUAAAUAAUUGAUAUUGUAGCUAAUAAAAAAAUAGCUAACAAGAUUUACUUUUAAAUUGUUACAUAAAGCAACGAAUCAAAAGCCCUAUAAUAAAUUUAUCUACAAUUUUAGAAAAUUUCUCUAAUUCAUGUAAUUAUACAGAAGGCAUGGAUGGGAACUAAAUUGUACUAUUAUACAAUAUCAGUAACAAAUCAUCACAUUUCUACACAUUUUAUUCGUAAAAAUAACUUUUCACAUAUUUCCAAAUCGAUAUUCCUUGAUGAGAAGUUAUCUUGUAAACGCAAACGGAAAGGCGCUAUAAUAUGCUACUCUAUUCACACUUAUACAAAUAAGUGAGUAGAGCAACUGAUAAAAAUACGUGCUAUUUUAGGCGGGAAUAAAAAUUAUAUUACCCUUAAUUAUAUUGUGGCAAAGAAAACAAAAUAGAAUGCCAAACUGGUGAAAAUAAUUACUGUUUUUUUUUUUAAUUCUUUCUAUAUGUAUCUUUUAUUACGCUCACCUCCAUUAUAAUUCACACAUACAGUUGGUUAAACAAUUUUAAAUAAUUAUUUGUUAUUCAGUUUAGCUCCAUUAUACGUCAAUGUUACCCAAUAUUUCAGUAUUAUUGAAACAUGGAAUUGAUUGCAGUUUACGCUAAGUACAAAGAUUACAAAUUUAAUGCUCGAAUCACUUAAAGUUAGACAUGAAUUUAGGACGUAUGUACACGAGGUGUGGUCCUGAAUCGCGUGUAAAAACAUAAAACACCAUUGUGUAAAUGGCCGUUGAAUAGAAAGCUUGAGAAAGUAGGUAGUUAGGAUGCAGCAAAAUUGGAUGUCACACAUUCUCCUAUAAUACCUAAUCUUAGAGUCACUUCAUUCGUCCCAAAUUAGGGAUAUAAAUGCUUCUUAUGUAAAUAAAUAAAUGAAAGUAAUCAUUAUAUACGAGAAAUUAUAUAAGACUUAAUAUUUUUGAAACUAUUGUAGUGUCUAUCUAUCCUUUCUGAGAGGAAGGCUCUAUUGUAAUGUCGAGAUUUAGAACGUGUAAGGCGAGUGUGGCCACACCGCGGCACGGAACUCCCGACGCUGGUGUGGCCAGCUUGCACGAAAUGUGUGUAUGACUAUCAUUAUUAUGUUUUCGAGCAAUAAAUUAUUGUAGUAUCUAUACGUGGAGACAGGUAAACUGCUCAAGGAAAGGCACGUAAGGAAUUAAAAGUAGUGAAAAAAAAUACCGGCCCACGGGCCGAUGGAGCGUAUUUAUAGCCCUUAUCCAAAAUUAGUGUAUUCCCUAGAAGCCUAGACGUAAGCUAGUUUUGUAGCUACAAUUUUUUGACAAGGAUCUAAGCGUGGGUAUGCCAAUGUUCGGUACGUCUACUUCGUAUUAUAUCUUUGUGUGUACAUUUCCUAUGGUGCAUGUUAUAUUUAUUGCCAAAUUCUACUUCCUUUGAACUUGUGUACGCCACGCUUUGUCCUUGAACUCUAUUGUAAUGCGCUCAGAGGUAAGGGGAGGGGCCUGUGAAGGUCGUGAUGUUGUUUUUUUCACAACGCGGUGCCCAGUGCCCAGGCAACUCUGUUUCCCAUUGAGCGUAUAUAUAUAUUCCACUCCCUAUGUAGAUCCUGUUGUCCUUCAUAGCUAAACACCACUCGUUUAGGUAGCCAACGAAUUUUAUAAAAAAGUAUAAUAUUGAGCACUGAAACAAAUUUAAAAUCGUGUACAUUAUAAACAAAUAACUCGUAAAUACAUUGGUUAUAAAAUAUUAUUAAAAAAAUAUUGUUAAUGUAGAAAGAAAGACUUAUUAUAUAAAAGAAAAUAUUAUCGUAAUCGGUGGCGGUGCGCACGCGCCGACUGAGCUCAAGUGUCCACAAACUAUUCUAAAUAGUGUGUAGUACCUAUCUAUUAGACAUUUUGCACCGAUAUUAAAGAGAUGACACAAGCGUCGGGUCCCCGCUCGCUCUUCCGCGACCAUUUUACUGUCUACUUAAAUGUAUCUUUUUAUUGAUAUAUAAAUAAAUACUCUUUAUUGUAACUGGAUUAUUCUUUCUUUCGCCAGUGUUGUUACGAAAUAUCUGUACAUUAUUAUAUGGUAUCCAUCUUGAAUGUAACAAUUAUUGAUUUUGUAUAAGUAACCAUUAUGUAAAGAAACAAGUCAAUCCAGUGUCGGUGAGUGCAUAUAUCUAUGUAAGCUGUCGUUGUCGUUGUUCUAUGUAUUUUAUGACUGUGUUGCCAACGUGCGUUAUAUGAAAAUGAGGCACUUUCCAAUCGGCGUUCCCCAAAAACACGAUAGAUGGCGUUGAUAAGUUGUUUCUUCGUUAAACUUCAACAUACAUACAUACAUAAACUCACGCCCGUUAUCCCUAAUGGGGUGGGAUGGGGUGGGUAAACUUCAAUUUCAUGGAUAACAGACAUAUGCAUCUUUUAUCUUUGUUUUUAGGUAUAAAUGCUGACCCUUUUACACCAAGGUACAAUUACAACUUCCACCCAUAAUUAUUCUGUUCAAAAUAAAGAGAAGAAAUAUAAGUAGCAACAUCAUUCUAUACAUGUCAUCCAAAUAUCACAACAAUUAGUUUUAUAUACGCUUCUGCCAUUACAUCACAUUUUUAAACAAUUAUGUACCCCAGCUAUGAGAAAAUAUGUACUUAUUACGUUAAAAGCGAACAACGCCAUCUAUCGUGUGUUUGGAAAACGUCGACUGGAAAGUUCCUCAAUAAAUUUUGUUGUCGCGCCGUCGCGCUCGAAGCCUGCGUGUAGAUUUUGUAUGUUAAUUUUAAAAUUAAGUAUUUAAUUUUAGCAGUAUUUUAUAUUAACGCUUUAGCUGUAAUUAGUUAACAUUCCACUGUAUUCUGCGUUGUUACUUUGACGUUUUACAUGUUCGAAUACAAGCGGUAUCAAAGUUGCAACUUGUAGUGUUUUCGUUCGGAUAUUACAUUUUCAUUCAUUAUUAUUGUAAUGCACGUAUCAAACGUUAAGUUUGAAUAUAUAUGUUUUAUUACCAAAAACAUAAUUGUAAUGUAAAAUCAUACUAACUGCAUGACAAAUGACAUUUAACAAUUAUGAUUAAUUGUAAGAGGAAUUGUUAAACGAAUAAGGUGUUAACGCUUAGAACAAAAAUGUAUCUUAGUUUAAGUAUUUUUUUUUAGUUUUACGAGAGAUUCCGGCUAUGGAGAGCGUUCGCUUAUUUUAAUUGGUUUACACAUUAUGUAUGGAACACCGUUACUUAACCUUCAGUGAGGCUUGGUGCGUUGCGUGAUGACGUCAUGUCAAAUUAGACUGGAGGACUUGAGAUACUGUACUAUUCUAUGCUUAAUUGAAAAUAAAGAAAGAUUAAUCUGA